AUGCAGCCCGUUUCCUGGGGCGAGAGAGCAACCCAUAUGUAUCAUUUGACUGCAAUUUCCAAGCAUGCUGAAUACUUGGAAAACGGCCUUGCGACACUGCGUCCAUCAACCUUGUACAAAGGAUAUAAAGCCAAACUUGCUGCCCGUGAGACUGCCCGCCAGCGACUUGUGGUAACUGCAUGGGAAAUUGAGGAAUCUGAACGUUUUACUGCAUUCCUUGAUGCCCUGCAUGCCGAAAAUGAAGACCAACUGGGAUUGGCGGACAAGGAGUUGCAGAGGUUUAGUCUUGAGAUUCCUGAUGAUGAAGAUGACCACAUCGUUCUAGACAGUUCCGAAGAUCUGGAUUCCGAAGAAGAGUGCCCUGGGGUGGGGGCUGGUGAAGCGUCUCACCAGCCACAUGCCCUUCCAAUCAUGGACAUGUAA